AUGUCGUCUGACGGUGACGAGUUCAGUCUUCACACUGCCACCCACACAGAACACGGUCCAACUGACGAGAUUCUCGACGAUGACUCGUUUCAGGACCAUCGACCGCGGUUAUUAAUCAUGGGUCUGCGCCGAUCGUUUGUUAACUUUCAAGUAUGGGAUUUUCCUGGUCAAGAAUUUCCCUUUAAUCCGGUAUUUGAUGUGCAGGAAAUAUUUGGUGAAUAUGGUGCAUUAAUAUUCGUGAUUGACGCGCAAGACGACUACACGGAAGCCUUGGCUCGUUUGCAUGAAAUCAUGAUUCACGCUUACGGCAUAAAUAGAGACCUCGCUUUCGAGGUCUUUAUUCACAAAGUCGAUGCCCUGUCCGACGACUACAAGCUCGAUACUCAGCGUAAUAUUCAUCAACGCACGAUGGAUGCACUCAGUGAUGCCGAGCUCGAGAUCGAGCCCCGUUUUCAUCUGACGAGUAUUUAUGAUCAUUCGAUUUUUGAAGCGUUCAGUAAAGUUAUACAAAAACUGAUUCCGCAACUGCCUACAUUGGAAAAUUUAUUGAACAGUUUGUGUGCGACCUCUGGGAUUGACAAGGCAUUUCUCUUCGACGUAAACUCUAAAAUCUACAUAGCCACUGACCGUGCGCCCGUUGAUAUGCAAACAUACGAAAUCUGUAGUGACAUGAUUGAUGUAAUAAUGGAUGUAUCAGAAAUAUACCGUCCCAUAAAUGAGGAAGCACAGAACGCGGGUGGAAGAGCGGAGGGGAAUGGCGCGGCUGAAACUACAAAUUCUAGUGUGAUGAUGGAUAGAGCAGACGAUGCUGCGGCCACUAUUAAGUUGACUAAUGGAGUAGUUCUGGCUUUGAAGGGCGUUAAUCGGUUCCUUGCAUUGGUGUGUAUUCUACGGGCAGAGAAUUAUGGAAAACAUGGUUUACUUGAAUAUAAUUUCCAAUGCUUCAAGCAAGCGAUAGCUGAAGUUUUUGAAGUGAAAAGGUUGAGUACCGAACGGCUCAGACAAGAGAGUUUGAGAAUAUCUGCCGAAGCAAAUCCUCAGGGGUGA